AGAGAUACGUUAUAACUUGAUAUUUGAGGAGUACUGCACCUGAUAAAACACUGAUAACGACAGUUUGCGCUAGUAAACUAUCGCGACAUACUUGUGACAUGUUCUGGUGAUUGUUUUGUUUGUGCCAUAAUUUAAUUUAUUAUCAUGGCAUAUCCCAUGUACGAAGUCGAUUGGAGUGUUCUACCUCCCGAACAGAACAGAAGGUUUAACCCAGCGUUUAACAUUGCCACCAUAAAGCAAGUGGUAAAUGAGGCCAUAGAGAGAGUCGCGCCGGUUUCAGUGCGGAUGCAGACGCCGACCCGGCUCAGGGACCUCAUCCGCCAAAUCCGCGCCGCGAGGACCGCCGCCGAAGAGAGGAGUGUCGUCAACAAGGAGUGCGCGUACAUUAGGUCCACCUUUAGAGAGGAGGAUAGCGUUUGGAGAUGUCGGAACAUAGCGAAGCUUCUAUACAUCCACAUGCUGGGCUACCCCGCGCACUUCGGCCAGCUGGAGUGCCUCAAGCUGAUCGCGAGCCCUCGGUUCACGGACAAGCGAGUGGGGUACCUCGGCGCCAUGCUGCUGCUGGACGAACGCCAGGAUGUGCACCUUCUCAUCACCAACUGUUUGAAAAAUGACCUUAAUAGCAACACACAGUUCGUGGUCGGGCUAGCUCUUUGCACCCUCGGCGCGAUCGCGUCACCCGAAAUGGCUCGAGACCUCGCCUCAGAAGUGGAGCGACUCAUAAAGUCGCCCAACGCGUACAUCAAGAAGAAGGCAGCGUUGUGCGCCUUCAGGAUCAUCAGACGCGUUCCCGAUUUGAUGGAGAUGUUCCUACCCGCGACCAGGAGUUUGCUGACUGAGAAGAAUCAUGGGGUCCUUAUCACCGGGGUGACGCUCAUCACAGAGAUGUGCGAAAACAGUCCAGACACACUGAACCACUUCAAAAAGGAGAGCGGACAGCGCGAGAUUGUGCCGAACCUGGUGAGAAUAUUGAAGAACUUAAUUUUGGCGGGUUACUCACCGGAGCAUGACGUCAGCGGCGUUUCGGAUCCAUUCCUACAGGUUAAAAUCCUCCGCCUCCUUCGAAUACUGGGCAAGAAUGACGCAGAGGCGUCCGAAGCGAUGAACGACAUUCUGGCCCAAGUGGCCACCAACACUGAGACGAGCAAGAACGUUGGCAACACCAUCCUCUAUGAGACGGUCCUCUCCAUAAUGGACAUCAAGUCGGAGAGUAGUCUCCGAGUGCUGGCCAUCAACAUCCUCGGACGAUUCUUGCUCAAUAACGAUAAGAAUAUACGAUAUGUGGCCUUGAAUACGUUGUUGAGGACUGUUCACGUUGAUACAUCGGCUGUGCAGAGACAUAGGACGACCAUAUUGGAGUGUUUGAAGGACCCCGACGUGUCAAUACGUCGCCGCGCCAUGGAGCUCUCCUUCGCUCUCAUAAACGGACAGAACAUCCGCGCCAUGAUGAAGGAGCUGCUCUCGUUCCUGGAGCGCUCGGACGCGGAGUUCAAGGCGCACUGCUCCAGCGCCAUGGUGCUGGCGGCGGAGAGAUACGCGCCGUCCAGCAAGUGGCACCUCGACACUCUGUUCCAGGUCUUGCUGAAGGCAGGCAACUAUCUGCGCGACGACACCGUGUCCAACACCAUACAGAUCGUGUCGGCGGCGCCGGGCGAGCGCCAGGCGUACGCGUCCAUGCGCCUGUGGACGUCGCUCGAGCGCUCCGCCGUGUCCGCUGACGCCACCGAGAAGCAGCCACUCAUACAGGUUGCAGCAUGGACCAUCGGCGAGUAUGGGGACAUGCUGGUGUCGGAGGCGAGCAAUGCUAUAUCGAUGGUUGACGACGAUGGCGUCGAUGACUUCACCCGACCCACAGAGGAGUAUGUGAUAGACAUAUACCAGAAGCUGCUCUGGUCCACGCAGCUGUCCAUCAGCACCAAGGAGUAUCUGCUGCUGUCGCUGGCCAAGCUGUCCACGAGGUUCACCACUCGGCCCAGUCAAGACAAAAUCCGCGUCAUAAUUGACACGUUCGGUUCACAUAUCCACAUUGAGCUGCAGCAGAGAGGGGUCGAGUUGUCGCAGCUUUACAAACAAUACGCGCACCUGCGGCCGGCGCUGCUGGAGCGCAUGCCGCCCAUGGAGGCCGCCGCCGCCGAGCGCGAGCGCGACGACAGCGACACGGAGGGCGAGCGGCCGCAGACCAACGUACAGAACGAGCAGAAUCCGUUGCUGGAUCUGAUCAACGGCUCGGAGCUGCUGUCCAACGGCGACGUAGAGCACACGCCCGUCGCGACCACCAACAACAACUCUAGCACUAAUGAUAUUCUGGACUUGCUGAGUGGGCUGGACCUGAGCGCGCCGAGCAUGCCCGCGCCCGCCGCCGUCAGCGCAGCCAACAACAACCUCGCGGCGCCUUCGCUGCUGCUCGACGGCCUGUUCGCCUCUGAGCCUCCUAUAGCGCAACCACAAGCGGAGUGCGUAGUCCGCGCGCUGGAGCGUAACGGCGUGCUGGUGGAGCUGAGCGCGGUGCGCGGCGGCGACACGGCCACGCUCACCAUGCGCGCGCGCUCCUCCGCCGCCAGCACCGUCACCGACUUCCUGUUCCAGGCCGCCGUGCCCAGGACUUUCCGACUGGACAUGAUGUCGCCCUCAGGAACUGUGCUGACACCGCAAGGUGAAAUAACGCAAGUUCUGAAAAUCAACAAUCCAUCCAAGACGCCUCUCCGACUUCGGAUAAGAGUGUCAUACAGCAUCGACGGCAACCCGAUCCUCGAGCAGGCGGAGGUCAACAACUUCCCGCCGGACCUGUUCAACUGACGCGCGCCCCACCGGCCCCACCAUCACCACCAUCACCAGCUCGGCUGUAUUGACCUAUGAUUAGGUAACUAGUGACUGUCUCGGUUGUUUUGACCUAUGAUUAGGUAACUAGUGACUAUCUCGGCUGUUUUGACCUAUGAUUAGGUAACUGUGACUAUCUCCUCGGCUAUAUUGACCUAUGAUUAUGACCAUAUCUCUUGUGGUCUAAAGUGAAACUAGGUAUAAAGUGAAGGUAAAUGAACUGACUCGUUGUAAUGCUGCGUACAUACUGUACCAGAUAUAAUAGGAAUAAGGGAAAAACUCGUUUUUUUAACUUUAUUGGACCUGUUCUUGUUACCUGUGGAUCGUCAACAGUGGUUAAUGAUCUAUGAUAAGGUAACUAUUGGCGUUUUCCUCUUGGCGUCUAUAUUGGUCUAUGAUUGGGUAACUAGUGAUGAUCUCUCGGCUGUACUGCCCUCCAUUAGGUAAUUAGUGACAUAUUCCUCGGCUGUACUGUUAUUAGGUAACUAGUAGCCGUCUCUGCCAUGAAAGCUCUGCUCGCCUGGCAUGCUGACAAUGAUAUAUAUCGUGAUUAGAGACAUAUUGUCGACCAAGUGGCGAAAUCGAAAAUCUCUUUCGAUGCGUUGAGAUGGUAGAUAGAACGAUUUGCAGACAAAGGAGAAUCCCAGUCUCCAUACAAACUCGGGUCGAAGAAAUUUAAACGAUACAAAACUGAAAAAUUUCCAUAAAUUAGAACAUCUAGGGAGAUCUCAUGAGUUCAAUUUUUAGAAAAAUCUACAUUGGCUAAAUCAGAUAAAUUACUUGUUAAAGUUAUCCGUUUGACAUCAAAUUCAUUGUAUUAUUUAUGUCUAAUUGACAGUUUCUCUAAGGAUUUGACAUUAGUUAUCGAUUUGCAGACAGAGGAGAAACCCAGUCUAUACAAACACAGGUCCAAAAAAUACAAACGAUACAAAGCUAAAAAUUGGCCAUAAAUUUAGGACAUCUAGGGACAUCUCAUGGGGCCAAUUUUUAUAAAAAUCUAUAAUGGCUAAAUCAACUAAAUUACUUGUUAAAAGUGUAUUUGAGGCAUUUGAUCCGAUCUGUUUGAUGUCAAAUUUGUUGCAUUAUCUGUGUCAAAUCUGACAGUUUAUCUAGGGACUUGACAUUAACACACAUUGGCAAAAUCUCUAGGAAAACUAUCAGUUUGACAAUUAAAUGAAUUUGCUUUCAAAUAUCUGCGAUGACUAACAUUCACAUUCAAAUGAAAAGUUAAUAAUGAAAUCAGCUUGUUGUCCCUGUUGCCCAAUAUUACUAAAUUUAAGAUUCAAAUGUAGUAAUCUAGUAAAAAAUACAAGUUUUUUAGUACAAAUCUCAUUUCUGUAUUGUUCUGAAGAGUGGGCCCAAUUUUGGAUUUCUUCUGUAAAAAAUCAUAUUGCAUUGGCCAUUCUAUGCCAACUUUUGUUUAAGCGUUUGUUACUCAACAUCAGUUGAUCUGUUUUUUUUUUAUUCUUGACAAGUUAGCCCUUGACUACAGUCUCACCUGAUGGUAAGUGAUGAUGCAGUCUAAGAUGGAAGCGGGCUAACUUUUGUAGGAAGAGGAUGAAAAUCCACACUUCUUUCGGUUUCUACACGACAUCGUACCGGAACGCUAAAUCGCUUGGCGGUACAUCUUUGCCGGUAGGGUGGUAACUAGCCACGGCCGAAGCCUCCCACCAGCCAAUGUGUUAAUAAUGCAAUAAAACUGUUAAUGCUAUAAGCGCGUUGCCUACUUCAAAGUGAUCGUACUAACUCAGAAACCUUCUCAUACCUAAUUCUGCUAAACUUUUUCUUAAAAACGAAAUCCACCGCCUAACUUGUUUAAUUUUCGAAAAACAGGUACGCUUCUAUAUAAAAAAACAUGUACGCUUCUAUAAAAAAAACAGGUACGCUUCUAUAAAAAAUACAGGUACGCUUCUAUAAAAAACAGGUACGCUUCUAUAAAAAAUACAGGUACGCUUCUAUAAAAAAAACAGGUACAGGCUUCUAUAAAAAAAACAAGUACAGUGUACUUUCUUCAAGUCGUCAAAUUAUCAAAUAGCCCAGAUAACACAACAAGUCACUAAAGUUUUACCAAAAUUGGAUGAAUGGUUUAAAAAUGUAUUUUCAUUUACGGUUAAGUCAUGAUGAUGUUCUAUCAUAGUAAGAUAUAAAAUAUAUAUGGCAGUAGGGCAAAGCUAAAUCUAUUGUAAAGAAAAACUACUAUCUACGGUUGUAAAAAGUAUUAAUUUCUUGACGGCAGCUGUUAUAAUAUAGGUAAAACUGACAGGUUACUGCAACAUUUAGUUGGUACUAUUCUCGUUCAGUAAAUAUGUUUAAUGCACUUUUUGUAACAGUUCGACUUAAAUGUAAUUAUUGACUCAAUCAAACAAAACCUUUUGUUUUUAAAAUUAAAUUUUAAACGCAACAGAAAGCAAUGAAAACACAUCAAUGUCACAGUACAGCAUUGGAGUAGGUAUUUAAUAAUGUGCAUAAAAAACAUGCGUACUUAUAAAGCAAGUAAAACAUACAAGUUGAAAAAAAAUUGUAAAUAGUAAAUUAAUUUUAAAAUUGUCAGUCAGUUCUGUUUUUCUAAAAAUAUGUAUAGACGGUUACUCUUUUUCUUCUUUUUACAUCGGAAAGAACUAAAGAACUAUUUAAAAAAAAAACUUUUUAAACAUCACUACAAAAGUCUUCAUUCUCAAUUUGGUAACUUUAUACAUGUAAAACCUACAUCGAAAAAUAUCCUAUACCAGUAGAUAAAUGCGUAUUUUUAUCACUAGUGCCGUAAACAAAACACUUUUCUCCCUAGGAGAAGAGUGGCAUACUCGAGUAAAUGUUUUAUUUCAUUAAGACUGAAUUAAUGUUACUAUUUUGAUUACCGGUGUUGUAAAGUAAAUUUUUCUCCCUGUAGGAUGAUCAACAAAUGGCCGUUUACUAAUGUUAGGGCAAUAAAUACUAAUGGCAUUGUAACAUAGGUGUUUAUUCAGUACAUAUGUCAUAAUAGUGCGAAAGGCAAAAGUACUGGAUUUCCUAUUAAUAUGUGUGUAAUGUAGAUAUUAGAUUUUCUUCAUUCACUGUCAACAUUCCAAUUUUUAGAUACUAUUUACUUUGUUUUGAAAAUUAGUAUACUGAGGGCCCAAACGCAGAAAUAAUUGGUAUCUUACUAAUGCUAUUUGAAUAUUUAAUUUUUAUUUAUAGUAAUAUUUAAAAUUUGCAUAGCAUAAUAAAAACAAAUUGGCUGUACUAGUUUGCUCAUUAAAUUAUAUAUUUAUAAUAAUUUAUAUUGCAGUGUUAUAUAUUUUUUCUUUAAUUGAUCAUGCAAUCUUACGACCCUGAGAAUUACUUGUUAGUUUGCAUAUUUUUGGUUUGAGCGACAUUUGUGCAUAAAUAAAUAAGUCCUCACAGGCUUUACACAAGGCUUUUAACUAGGGUAGGCAUUUAUAGAUUAUACAAAAUUUCUUCUCCAAUUUACGUUCGUAAUGAUUCACUGAUAGCGAUUGCAAUGAAAUUAGCAAAUGGAGUCCGUUUACACGCACUCGCGUCCGAUAAGUGGAUCCACAUAUUUACUCGUACAGUCUUGUUUGUAAACGUAGUCUGGACGUUUUUUUUGUUAUAUUGUAACAAACGCGUGUUAUACAGUUUGGGCAUACUAAACUUGCAUGUUAUAAAUGCGUUUUCAUGUUAUAUUAGAAGGCCAAGAAAUAUAUCGGUUUGGUUUAUAUGUAAACCGUCGUGUUCUUUGUAAAUAGGAUGGAACUGUUAUAUUGUAUGUAUUUGUAAUGUAACAUACUUAUGUAUAGCGAGUCGGAUUGUGUGGGAAUGUACUUAAUAGAUUAUUUUAUUACUAACAAUAAUAAUUAUUAUUAUUAAUAAAGAAUUGGUCGUGGCAUACGUGUAAUGGUAUUUUAUUAAUAUAUGUAAUGGCGGUUGUGCACUAAAUCCGAGAAAUAUUUAUAAAAUACCAUAUCCUAUAUCACGACCUAUGUGCCGGUUACUAUAGGCAUACACGGCGUCUUUGUUAGGCCAAAUAUAUACACUCCGAGGCACAAUUAUCCGCACACUUUAAUAUACUCGCGUCAUAUUAAAGUGGGCGGAUAAUUGUGCCUCUGAGUAUAAUAUGAACCACAUGAGCAAAACCAAAAGGUUGAUUGCAUGCGUCAAGACAUAUUAUCUCGUGAAGAGAAAAAGGUAUAUUGUCGACCAGUAGCGGCAGAUUUGAAAUUAUUAAAGAAGGAAUAGAGAAAGAGAGCGAUAUUUGAACUAUUUUCGAGUCCACCGCUAUUGGUCGACAUUUCUCUUUCUCGAGAUGAGAAAGAAGUCGUGGUGCUCAUAAUGAUACUAAGGGCCUACACGUGUUUCUAAGCAAUACUAAGAUUGUAUUUGGUAUUGGUUGACACGGCAAGCGUUGCGUGUUAGUAAGUACCCGUGCGAUAAUAUUUAAUUAUAUAAUGCGUGUGAUACACCCAAAUAGUUAUAUUUGUGAAUCCUCAGGAAUCAAAAAUGUAGUCGAUUGAAGCGUUUGCAAGUUACGUUUUUCAUUAUUUAUAGAGAUUAAGUGGAUUUUAUACCAUAAAGAAGAGGUUCUCAUACUCGAGAAAAUCUUGCAAUAACUUAGCCUUUAAAAUGUUAGGACCAGCGCGCAACAGAGUGAUAAACUAUGCAAGAUUGUCCGUGAAUAAUUAACUUUUGUAUUCAAACAAAAGUUUAACUUACAACUGUAAUUUCAAUAGUAUUAAAACUAUAUUUAGGAUCCAAGUGCAAUUUGACACUCUGUUGUCUGUGAUCCUAUUCGCAUAGGAUCACAGCUGUCCGUCUUACGUUGUAUAAAUAUCACUAAUUAUUGAAUAUUGCAUAGGCUUUACUUUGCAGAAGUUUAAUUUAACAAGGAAUAAUAGAAUUAUCCUAUUGCAAAGUUUAUUUUGCAGUGAAUGCAGCGAAAUUAUUCAGUUGCAAAGUGGACUUUGCAAUUGAAUAAUGUCAAGGUACUCUGUUGCCGGAGUGAAACUAGUAUUUAUGUAUUUAAUAUCUAUAUAUUAACGCUGGUUAUGUUACAUUAGGAGUAAUUUUUAAUUUAUAUUUUUUUUUUGUCAUGAAACAAAUCAAUCAACAAACAUAAAGCGUCCAUAUUUUAUAAUUGCGAAUUAUAAUUUAUUGUUCAAUACAAUUGAACGUCUAGGGAUAAUAUUGGGAGAUUACACAAUGAUCGUCAAACUGACACUCUCUAUUGGCCUAUUCACUAUUUUGGUCUUUAUUAUCAACCUACUAAAAUGAACAUAAAAUCAUUUGACAAAAUGUCAUUUACCUACUGAGUAAUAUCCACCAGUAAGCACCAGAUGACAUUUGUUACGUAGAAUCUCAAUUUCGUAUAUGUCAAUUAGCAUACGUCAAAUGUAGUGAUUGUGCCAUAUCUCAAUAUUAACUCUAGAUGUUCAAUUAUAUUGUCAAAUAUUGCCAAUUGGUGUAGACGCCUAAAAGUUGACAACGCGCUAUUCUGUAAUUAUGUAAAAAUACAUUUUAGUGUGAAACACACAAACAACACAAAAAUGAGCCACAUCAUUCAAAAAAUACAACAUUUUUACGUUAACCUCGAUCCAAACUAAAUUAUCCGUUAAUAAUAUGCAACAAAAUAUGUAGUUUUAUUUUCGACAAAUAUUUGCCUUGUCAUUAUUAUAUAGAUUUAUUGCUUCAAACGCUAGGUAUUUUAUAUUAUAUUUUAGGUUAGUCGUUCCUUUUAAGAUUAUGAGAAUUUUAUAUUGCAGUGACGAUUUGUAAAUACACUAUGAAAUGAAAUGGAUCAUUAUAAUAUAGAAUGAAAUAAUAAAUAAUGUAUAAUUAUAGAUAUUCCACGUUAAAAUAACUUUUUAAGUGAUUAAUCAAUAGACAAUAAGAGUCCACGUGUUUUUAAUCUUUACUAUCUGUAUUACUGAAAUUCCACCUUUAAAUAUAUUAAUGUUAUGGUCUAUUGUGGUUAAUCACUUAAAAUACUUUUCCAUCACUCACAUACAGAGUAUUAUAAUUGUGUGAGACACACACACAAAAAUUUCGUCAAUAAAGUAGGGUAAAGUUGCAUAAAAUCAUAUUCUAUAAGAAAAUGUAUAUAAUCAAAGAUUUUAUACUGUUGAUGAGUCCACUUCCACCUCCAAAUGAUUCGGACUAUUAAUUAAUUUUAAAUUUAUUAAUUAUUUAAAAAAAAGAAAAUGAAUAUUUUUGGGUUAAAUAAUAUUUCUUUUGUUAAUAUUAUUUAUCCCGAAAAUAUUAAUUUUAGUUCCUUGAUCUUUUUUAAUUAAUUUUUGGUAAAGAAUAUAACACCAGAGUUGUGGGAAAUACUCUUGAGCACCCUAUAUAUACAUAAAUAUGUAAAGUUAGUAAACACAAAAUUGUGUAUGUAUGCAGUCAGUGGAGUAGCAAAAUUCGGAUCACUUUUUAUGGUGGUUUUGUAGGCAGGUAUCAGGUAACAUAUCUAAUGGUAUAAAAUCGUUGACUAUAAUAUUUCCAGGAAAGCACAAUACUACCCUACUAUAUUGACCAUAAUAUCGCCCGUGUGUGGCUAGCCUAAGGGCAAGACUUUAUUUGUUCACCUUUCACAUACUUUUUAUGUUGAUAUCUGAGAAUUGAACUCGGUUUUUAAACAGUUCUUAUAGUGUAAAACGGUCUUUAUUUAGUUUAUUUUAUUCCCAAUGUAAUAUUGUACGGGACGUUUUUAACAAUUAAAAUUAAUAGGCUGUUAACAUUAUUAUUAUUAAAACGUUAUUUAUGUUAAUUAUUAACCAACACAGUUUAUACACUUUUAUUGUAAAUUACUGAUAAUAAUAAUACAUGAUUUAUAACAAUGUAAUGUGUUACACAUUUUUAUGUAUAUCCAAAAAAUCUAGACUUUAAUUUGAAUGCAAGUCAAGAAAAUUAUGCUAUAAAUUGCAAUUACCUUGGCGAUCUCGAAUUUUUUAUUUCAGUCCAAAAACUUGAAACAGAAAUGCGAAAAUAAUAAUUAUCAUUCAUUAAUUGUUAAUUAUUUAUCCAAACAUAAAAAUGGCACAUGUGCAUUGGCUCAUUUAUUUCUGUAAAGCGUGGACUUGAUCUUUAAUAGUGUAAAGAGCUUGGAAAAAAUUAUAUCGCGAUUUGGUGCUUGUUUUACCUUAGUAUUGCCACAGUUUGACGACCAUACAGUAUGGAAAUUACCAAUACAAUCGUUGACUAAAUAUUUAUUUAGUAAUUAAUCGCCAUCAUAUCUAUCUGUAUUAAUAUUAUAAACAGGAAACCGAUAGUGGUGUGGAUUUUCAUCCUCCUCCUAUUAGCCCGCUUCUAUCUUAGAUUGCAUCAUCACUUACCAUCAGGUGAGAUUGGAAUCAAGGGCUUGUAACUUGUAAAGAAUAAAAAAAGGAAAGAUUUGAUUGUUAGUUAGUUUGCAUUGAAUAGGAUCUGAAACUACUGGGUGAAUUUAAAAUUCGAUUACCAUUAGAAUCCUACAUUAUCCGUGGCGUAUGCUAUAUUACAUAAAUAGAAAUCUUAUGGCACGCUUGGUUGGAAACAUUUAUAAAAUUCUCAUGUUCUAGUCAAUAAUAUUAAUAGACUAGAAAUUUUAAUAAUUCAACUUCACUUAAUUUAAUUUAUUUACUUAAAAAUUUCAGACGACAUGCAACCCUCGCUCAGUUAUUGUGAAAAACGCACUGUCAGUACACAUGACAAAUCAUAUUAAUAAAGUGCCAUUUUAUUUGAUCUGAGUAUCAAUACUAGAUUUGAUAUGGGGUCUUGUUUGUAGUGGCAUCAAUUAUUUAUAUGAAGAAAAUAUGUUUUUAUAUUUGAACUAACCUACUUCCAAUGAUAUAAUAUCUUGUCAGUGGUUAUUGGAAUUAAACUCCAAACUGUAUGUCCGUCACACUGUGGUAUCUGGUUGAAUAGAAGGCCCUCCAGAAUGUGAGAUGUUAUGAUUUAAUGUAUAACUUGAUAAUGCUAUGAAAUAUGUAAAUAAUGAUUUUAUGUAAAUUGGUUAAUAAAUAUUUGAGAAUGUUUAUAUAAUCAA